AUGACGCGAUUCACCGGAUGUAUUGAUUUGCAUGCUGGAAAGGUUAAACAAAUAGUAGGCGGUACUCUUGCAGAUACCGAUGACUCAAACCCAACAGUUAACUUUGUUUCCAGUCAUUCGCCCUCUUAUUAUGCUAGAUUAUAUGCAGAGUCGGGUGUUUCAGGUUCUCAUGUUAUAAAGUUGGGACCUAAGAAUGAUGAGGCUGCACUGGAAGCAUUAAAGACUGCAAUUGGGUUUCUACAAGUUGGAGGUGGAAUAAAUAUAGAUAAUUGUCAAUAUUGGCUACAAUAUGCUUCGAAGGUAAUAGUAACGUCGUGGCUAUUCGAUAAGGUCGGAUCAUUCCAAAUUGACAGAUUGAAAGCUAUUUCUGAGCGUUGUGGAAAAGAUCGACUAGUUGUAGAUCUCAGUUGUCGUAGAGUCGCUUCGGCGACAGAAGUACCCAAAUGGGUUAUUGCCAUGAACAAAUGGCAGACAAUGACAAAACUAGAACUCAAUCAAGCAACCCUAGAAUUACUAGCAAAUUAUACUGAUGAGUUUUUAGUCCAUGCCGCAGAUGUGGAGGGUUUGUGUGGAGGCAUUGAUGAAGAACUAGUAGAACAUCUGGGCAAAUGGGCUGGAUCACUGAAGCAUAACGUCACUAUAGUAUACGCAGGUGGAGCCAAGAGCAUCAAGGAUCUUGAGCAAGUUGAGAAAUUAAGCAAUGGAAAAGUUGAUCUCACGUACGGUUCUUCUUUAGAUAUAUUUGGAGGCAAGCUUGUGCGUUUUAUCGACUGUUGCAGGUGGAAUCAAGAACACCAUCAUUAG